AUGACAUUAGUAUAGUUCAGUCGCGGGUUGCAGUGUUGGCGGGUGUUUGUUGACUGCUCGUUCUGGAAGGCACGCAGUAAUUGAGCAUAUUUGAGCCCUUAUCAACAUGUCUGACUGGAUCAAACACACAGCGAAUGACGACAGCGGACCAGCAAACAGAACUCCUAGUUCAUCCCGUUGGUCCAACUGCAGAAAAAGAGGGAUUGAUGGAAGCUUGCGGGCCAGGAGCGACAAUGUUCAAGGUGACGAGGAUGCUCACGCUGACAACAGAAAUGCCAGCUUCACCACUCCAGAGAGCAGAGGUCCAGUGUCUCGCUUUGCCGACUGGGGCAGUCAGGUGGAGGAUGAUGAGAUGAGGAGAGAUGUUCACAGAGACAUGCAACGUUACAGGAGGAGGAUACUCGCUGCAGAUGUCACUCAGAGAGAGAGAAAAACGUCUUCUGGCUCUUCUGGCAGCUCUGACUCCAAAGAGGGUGACAAUGUGGAGAUGGAUGAGUCCGUGUUGCUGCGGCGACAGAAACAGAUCAACUACGGCAAGAACACGCUGGCCUACGACCGAUACAUCAAAGAAAUUCCUAAAAAUAUGCGACAGGCAGGUGUCCAUCCAAGAACUCCUAAUAAGUUUCGUAAGUAUAGUCGGCGUUCGUGGGAUCAGCAGAUUAAGCUGUGGAGGGUGAAACUGCACGCCUGGGACCCGCCAACAGACUGCGAUCAAGGCCAACCUGUUGAACAGCUGGGUCUGGACGAUGUGAUGGACAUUGAACUGGACUUCCCACUCUUAGCCGAUUCUGGGGAUGGCACUUGCUCUCUCACCACACACGGUCUCGCACUGGAGGAUGAUGACUGCGCAGGAACUCCGGUCAAAGUGCAGAAGACGUCAACAGAGCCCAACAUGGCUUAGCAUAGCAUGCCGACUGUUCAAUGUUUUUACUUUCACUCCUCCAAAUCAGGACAACUUUCACACAAUACUAUGUAGUUCUUCAAAAAUAAUGACACAUUCUCAGGGAUUGUUUAUUUCCAGUGUUUAUAGCAGAUUAUCGGUUCAAGUAUUGCUAGAGGCACACAUACAAUAGAAGAGAAAUGGCAUAUUUAAAACAAAUGCUUUUCUUUUAACGCUUCAUUGUAAGCUGUAUUUUCAGUGUACAAUUUUAAAAGCUGAAGGGCGUUGGGCUUUUUUUUUUGUUUAUUUUUUUCUUUACACAGAUUGUGUUUUUUAAUAGAAAUGUAU